UCUUUUCUUCCCCUACAGCUCAAGCUUGAAGAUCGGUCAGUGGUGCCUCGUGAUGUUGUCCGGCGUAUGGGCUCGCGUGACAGCCAAUGUGGGACAGUCAUAGAUGUAAAUAUAGAGUGUGCAGUAAAACUGGUGGGGACGAACUGUAUCCUUUAUCCUGUUAACAGUAAAGAUCUUCAAAAUAUUUGGCCAUUCAUGUACGGUGACUGCAUAGCCUAUGACUGGUGGCUAGGAAAAGUGUAUGAUCUGAAGAAUCAAAUAAUUCUGAAGCUCUCCAAUGGUGCCAGAUGUUCAAUGAACACAGAAGAUGCAGCAAAACUCUAUGAUGUCUGCCCACAUGUCAGUGACUCAGGUCUCUUCUUUGAUGACUCAUAUGGCUUUUAUCCUGGCCAAGUUCUCAUUGGUCCUUCAAAAGUCUUCUCAAAUGUGCAGUGGCUUUCGGGAGUGAAGCCUGUUCUCAGCACGAAGAGCAAGUUCAGAGUGGUGGUAGAAGAGGUGCAAGUCGUGGAAUUGAAAGUUACAUGGAUCACCAAAAGCUUCUGUCCUGGAGGCACAGAUAGUAUAAGUCCACCACCAUCUUUAAUUACUCAAGAAAAUUUAUCUAGAGUAAAGCGUUUAGGAUGCUUUGACCACGCUGAGCGCCAGCUUGGAGAAAGGUGUCUCUAUGUAUUUCCUGAGAAAGUAGAACCUGCAAAAAUCACAUGUGAGUGCCCAGAGAGAAACUGUGUUCUGGGCGAUGGAUCAGUUGCAAAAAAGAUCACCUGUCCGUGUUUCGUAUCCAACGUAAAGCCUGAAAAGGUAAGAAGAUUAUUGAAGAAGCAGAUUGUGAAGAUCAUGUCAUGCUCCCCAGAUUCUCAGGGUACUACUCUUGAUCUUCCUGGAGGAGAAUCUGCUGCAGCAGGUGACCAACAAUCAGGUGACCUCAAAGCCAGCUCAAAAUGUGAGGACUCUGCCAGGAAUGCUGCUAGCAUACAAGAGGCAAAAGAAGGGUGCUUUGACGCAACAGGGAAAGGAGCUCCUUGUGAAACAGCUGGACUGCAGCCGCAGCCGCCUUUUAUACUGAAACGGGAUGACAGCACCCCAGACUACAAGCUACAGUCAGCAGAACAAGAUGCGGAUGAUGAAGCAGCAGACGACACCGAUGACACCAGCUCCGUGACGUCAUCUGCUAGCUCCACAGCCUCCUCUCAAAGUGGCAGUGGCACAGGGCGCAAGAAAAGUAUCCCGCUCUCCAUCAAAAACCUUAAAAGAAAACAUAAGAAAAAGAAGACAAAGGUUUCACGGGAGUUUAAACCAGGUGACAGGGUUGCUGUGGAAGUGGUGACCACAAUGACCUCAGCUGAUGUCAUGUGGCAGGAUGGCACAGUGGAAAAAAACAUUCGCUCCAAUGAGUUAUUUCCCGUCCACCACUUGGACAACAAUGAAUUUUGCCCAGGAGAUUUUGUCGUGGAUAAAAGAGCACAGAGUUCUCAGGAUCCUAGUAUGUAUGGAGUUGUGCAGUCCGGUGACCAUGUUGGCCGCACCUGUGUGGUGAAAUGGUUUAAGCUGAAACCCAGUGGAGAUGAUGUAGAGCUGAUUGGAGAAGAGGAGGAUGUGAGUGUGUAUGACAUUGCUGAUCAUCCAGACUUCCGCUUCCGCACAACUGAUUUUGUGAUACGUAUUGGCAAUGCUGAGGAUGGUGUUUCCAUUGGAGAAAAUGAGCCUUCUGUGGGACAGGUGGCUCGUGUGGAUUUCAGCAGCAAAGUGGAGGUUGUGUGGGCUGAUAAUUCCAGGACAAUUGUCCUGCCACAGCACUUAUAUAACAUAGAAUCUGAGAUGGAUGAGGAGACUGACCUUGAUUCGAUGGAUGGUAGCACUAGUGGUGCCUCUUCAGAUGAAUGGGAGGAUGAGAGCGAUAGCUGGGAGACAGACAAUGGACUCAUGGAAGAUGACCACCCCAAAAUUGAGGAAGUGGAGCCUGAGGAGCCACCUGUGGAGGAGGUGAAAAGCGGGGAGGAGCAGGUGCAAGGGGCUGUGGCCAUGGCAGUGGCAGAUCUAGCAACAGAUAAGUCAGGCAAGGAAGGGACACCAAAGAGUUUCCGAGAGUUGAAGGAGGCCAUCAAGAUUUUGGAGAGCCUGAAGAAUAUGACAGUUGAGCAACUGCUGACAGGCUACCCAACCUCCCCAACGGUAGAACCUGAAAAGCCCACUCGGGAAAAGAAGUUCCUGGAUGACAUUAAAAAGCUGCAGGAGAACCUGAAGAAGACUCUGGACAACGUAGCUAUUGUGGAAGAGGAAAAGAUGGAGGCCAUGGCAGAAGUGGAGAAGAAGGAAGAGAGAGAGGCACAGACACAGACCCCAGUGGCAUCAGAAUGGCCCAGUGAGACUCCCGUGCUUUGCCAGCAGAGCGGAGGCAGGCCUGGUGUUACCUUCACCAGUGCCAAGGGGGAAGUUUUCUCUGUUCUGGAGUGUGCUCCAGACAGCCAUGCCUUUAAGAAAAUGGAGUUCCAACCUCCAGAAGCCAAGAAGUUUUUCAGCACAGUGAGGAAAGAAAUGGCACUUCUAGCAACCUCCUUGCCUGACGGCAUCAUGGUCAAAACCUUUGAGGACAGAAUGGAUCUCUUUUCGGCCCUUGUCAAAGGACCUACGCGCACCCCAUAUGAAGACGGACUCUUCUUAUUUGACAUCCAGCUCCCCAAUAUUUAUCCAGCUGUCCCCCCUCUCUUCCGUUACCUCUCCCAGUGUAGUGGGAGACUGAACCCCAACUUGUAUGACAACGGCAAGGUCUGCGUAAGUCUUCUGGGGACAUGGAUAGGCAAGGGCACAGAGAGGUGGACUAGUAAAUCCAGCCUCCUACAGGUGCUCAUCUCAAUCCAAGGGCUUAUCCUAGUCAACGAGCCUUACUACAAUGAGGCUGGUUUUGACAGUGAUCGGGGCUUGCAGGAGGGCUAUGAGAACAGCCGGUGCUACAAUGAGAUGGCCUUGAUCCGUGUGGUGCAGUCAAUGAUGCAGCUGCUGCGCAAGCCAGUGGAAGUCUUUGAGCAGGAAAUCUACGAGCAUUUCCGCUGCAACGGAUGGCGCCUGGUCCACCGAAUUGAGUCAUGGCUGGAAACGAAUGAGCUGGUGGAAAGGAGCCAUGACCAUGCCUGCCUAGGGGAGUCUUCCUUUGUACAUUCAGCAUGCGGGGUCCUGGCCGAGAGCCCCGUAGACAAUAUGGGGGCAUUGGGAGAGCAGGAGUUGGGAGCUGCAGCCAACCAGCUGUCUGAUGGCAAGGAGGAGCUGGAAGACUCUGGCUGUGGAAUGUCAACACUGCCUGCCAGUGAUACCCAUCAGUAUUUAGACUUCGAGAGCAUGGGCCAGGCCCGAGCAGCACACUUCACCAGAGACCUAGCUGAUGAGGGGAAAGCUAUUCAAGACUCUGCCACACAGCCUACUGUGAAACCAAAGAAAAGGAGAAAGAGCUACAGGAGCUUUCUUCCUGAAAGGAGUGGCUACCCUGAUAUUGGGUUCCCCCUCUUCCCCCUCUCCAAGGGGUUCAUUAAGAGCAUCCGUGGUGUCUUGCAGCAGUACCGGGCUGCCUUAGUAGAGGCUAACAUCCCAGAGUGGACAGAAGACAAAUAAAACACCAGGUUAGGGACAAGACAGACGUGCAGAGCAGAAGGGAAAGGCAGGAGGAAGACACUAGCAGAAGUUGUUAACAAUAAAUAAGACUGUCUCACUGCACCCAUUCCUCCUUGGCCUGGUUUGUUACAGAGAAAGCAGAAGCUCCCAUAAGUCAUUUUAGGCUGGCUCUCCCCCACACAAACACACACUUCAGAUGCACAGGAUGAACUCUGUACACGCACAAACAGCUAUUCCUACCCACACAUCAUGGUUCCUUUUGAACUUGAUCCUGAGAGUGCAAGAGCUGUGGCUUUUCUUUUCCAGGGCUUAUAAAAAACUGGAAUUGCAUCUCUUCAACUCCUGCUUGUGUGAAACUGAUUUCUUCUUUCUUCUUUGAUCCUUUUGGGUGCUAUGGAUAAUGGUGAUGGGAAAUGUUCUUGAUUUAAGCCUGAAAGAUCCUUGAUUUAUAUCUAAUGAAGAAGAUGCUACACUGUAAUGUUCCUCCACCUUCUGACCUAACUUCACUAAUGUAUGUCUAUUAUUAAGCACUGAAUAGCCACUUUUUAAGCUCUGUACCCAUUCUUAGUUUUCUCUGCUUGCCACAUUUGUGGGAGUUAAGGAGAUCAGUUUCCUAGAAAGGCUGAGAUAACAUAGCCUGGACUUAUUUCCAAGAGCCGCAACAGGAUAAAUAUAAGCUGUUUUUCCUGGCAGUCUAAUCCUAUGACAGACAAGCUUGAUGCAGAAAGUAAGUGUUAGAUGAGCUGUACCUGAUUUGGUCAGCAUUCAGAAUGUUCUUUUUGGCUUCUGAGGUUUACCUGCUGUCUGUCUUAAGUAUAUAGUUCCUACUGAACCAUCUAUCUUUCUCUACUUUGCCUUGAAGGAGAACAGUGCAUAUAACCCACUCUUCUCCCAGAUACAUGAACAAUCUGCUACCAACUCAAUUAUGUACACCAAGGUACCUCAGGAUGAUGCUCAAACAAUUGCAUGGUGCAGCACAUUUUUUUUUCAAUUCUAACUUCCACUCAUGGGUAUGUAAAGUGGCAGCUCUGCCUGACUCUGUCUUUCUCCAGGGAUUGUGUCAACUUUACAGCAACAGGUUGACAUUCUGGUAGCUGAUGGAUCUUUCUAACCCUCACCCCCACUCUUUAAGUAAGAAUCACAGUCUUUAUUGUGAGCCACCAUUGCUUUCAUUCCCUGUACCAGUACUGUGUAUCACUUCUCCCAGCUGUUUCCAGGUGAAAUGACCAAUGUGCUGCAAUAGGGUAGGUGUGGCAGAGGGCCUGUUCUUGUACUUCUGAUGAAUCAUGGCUGGUUUGUUCAAAUUCUUUCAACCCAAACAGAAGUGCAGUGUGCUCAUCAUUCUGUGUGUGCCCCCCAACACAAAUCAUUGCAUGACAUCUCAGUGAGUUAAACCUCUUACUUCCAGUUCUCUACUAAUGACCUAUUAAUGACCUAGUGAACUCUGCCAUCUUUCCAGAAGAAUAAUCAAGUUAUAGAUGCUAAAGAGGAUGGCGUGAGUUUUGUGUGUACUUGGCUAUUAGUAAGCUAGUUCUCUCAGUAUUGUGGAUCAAGAUUUGAGAGGUAGUAGUUCUCAACAUGGAAGGCAACAGGUAGGCCAAGCUAAUCAUGAACCAGAAGAAAUACCGGGAAGAGUAGGAGAAGAAUCCACUUGAUACAAUUCUUGGAUCAAGGCAAGCAAAGAAUUUGACCGAAGGUCCCGUGGUGCAUAUCAAAUAGCACUGUUAAUGGUGUGAAGGGGAAAAGAGUGAGGGGCCUGGGGGUCUCUGUUCCUAUAUGUCACUGCAUUCCUCUUGAUGAUGUAGCCGCCAUUCUCCAUCCUACUUGGAGAGCUGAGCUCACUGCCCACAUACUUCAUGAUUAUGAUACAUGUUAAAGAGCAAGCUGUCCUUAACAAGCAAUCACAGAGCAGAGCUGCCCACCCAUUUCAGAGCAGUGGAUGCCCUCCCAUUUUCAUUAAGAAGGUGGGAGGAGACACAGAGGCAUGCAGCUGAUGGUGCUCUUGAUAGCAAGGAGCUGAGCUACAAGAGGACCUUGCUUUCUCAAGACUGCGACCAAGAGUUAGGUCAGAUCUCCCAGAGGCUUCAUCAUGGGAAGAUCCUGCUGACUCCUCCUCCAUAGGGAUCUGCUGCCAUCUUAAUAUGCGAGUCAAGCACUGUCCCAGUAUCCUUGCUGCCGGCCCCUUCCAGAGGCAUGCACAGAAGUUUACAUUCACCCCGCUCCCCUCCCCAAAAAGCUUUUGAAUAAUGUGAAGCUCUAGGUUAUGCAGUUGCUCCCGAGCACACUGCAGCUAUGUAACUUUUUUUCCUUUUUAGUGUAUGUAUGUAAUAAAGAGUGAAGAGACUUUCCAAGAAACAAAAAUGCUUAAAUACACACCGAAAAGCCAAAGCAUGAGGCAUAUUGUUAGUCUUGAGAUGGGCUACAUGAUUGUGAUGUAUAAAUUUAAAGUCUCUCAUCUGUUUAGUGCUGGGGUGGGAAGGGAAGGGAAGGGAAAAGGACUAUUACAAAAAAUACAUUUCUAGCCUUGAUUCUGUACAGUAUUUAAAACUGAUGGAGCUGUCAUACUGGAGAAAUGCUUAGAGGUGUGUUACUUUUGCAGCUGUGAAUGCUUGGUUGCUUACAAUAUAUGUAUAAAGUAUUGUGUGAUUCAUUUUUUACUUGCAAAUUUUGUUUGGCUAAUUAAGAUGUAGUAAUAAAGAAGAGAAAGUGGCUUGCCAUUAUGUUUUGCCGCUGUGAAGAGG